CAGUUUGACGUUACGCAAUAUCAUGCCUGAACCAGCAAAGUCCGCACCUAAGAAGGGCUCCAAGAAGGCCGUCACCAAGACCGCCGGUAAGGGAGGAAAGAAGCGCAAGAGGUCCAGGAAGGAGAGUUACGCUAUCUACGUCUACAAAGUCCUGAAGCAGGUUCAUCCUGACACCGGUAUCUCUUCCAAAGCGAUGGGCAUCAUGAACUCUUUCGUUAACGACAUCUUCGAGCGCAUCGCCGGUGAGUCGUCUCGUCUCGCUCACUACAACAAGCGCUCCACCAUCACUUCUAGAGAGAUCCAGACCGCCGUGCGUCUGCUGCUGCCCGGAGAGCUGGCCAAACACGCCGUGUCCGAGGGCACCAAGGCAGUGACCAAAUAUACCAGCUCCAAGUGAGAUGUGAUUUUUAACUACCCCAAAGGCUCUUUUAAGAGCCACCCAUCUUUUCAACUAAAGGGCUUUUGAAGUGAUUUACUUUUAUCUGCAGCCUUAAUUCUAUGGGAAUUUCGAUGUGCUUUAGAAUUCUGUUCCGUCAUUAAUAACUACACAGGAACGAAUGAGUAACGCGAUAUGAGUAUUCUAACUAUUGACUUAAAAGAAACCGAUUAACGAAUAAUAGUAAGAGUAUUAGUACUCAAUUAAAUGUAAUAGUUCACUGUUAGUUAAUCAGUAACACUUUUUUUUUUUUUUUUUUUUUUUCUCUUUCAUAGCUCCCAGAGGACUACUAAUAACUACUAGCCUAGAUACAGAUUAAUAAUGUAUGACCAAUACAAAAUGUAUAAUUCUAAAGUAAAGUUGAUGGUAACAUACUAGUAAUCACUAAAGUAUUAUCAAAUCUUUUUGCAGGAAUUUAUUAUUCAUUUAUAUUAACAGUAUUCUAAAGUAAAAAGCAUGUUCUGCCUAAAAUUGACAAAUCAUUGUAAGCUUUUGAGGUUUUUAAAAGAUUAAAGAUUGGUGUAAAAUCUU